UUAAAGGUAUUGUGUGGGGGAAACAAGCAGUGAGAAUAUAUAACUAUUCUCACUGGGAGUUUUCUCCCACAAUAAUAUAUAUGUGAUUGUCAGACAGCAUAAGAUAAAACAAAAUCGGUAUUUUUUUAGCAUUUGUCACUGAAACAUAAUCAAAUGUUAUACCAAGAUAGGUAAAAUGGUCAACUGAGCUAAGUCACUGUUCACUAACCGAGAUCUUUGGUGGUUCAUAUGUUCUUGCACAUUUUUUUAUUGUUGGAAGAGAACUUUAGUUUUCCGAGCAUUAAUUGUAAGUCGAAAUGCCAGUGUAGGCAAAGUUGAAGGCAUCCAUAGCUGCUUGUAGGUCUUGCUUUGUAUGAGAUACUAUGGCAUUAUCAUCAGCAUAUUUAAACUCAAGCGUUGUUAUUUGGAUAACCAGAGUUUAGCCUUUAGUCUUUAGUCGUCAAAGAUUGAAUAGUUUGUUGUCCAAACGAUAGUGUAAAUCGGGACUAGCUAACAGUCGUGGGUCGUGGGUAGAAUGUCGUGGGUAAAAAGUCGUGGGUAAAAAGGCGUGGGUCGUCGGUAAAAAGGCGUGGGUCAUGGGUAAAAAGUCGUGGGUCCCGAAUAAAAAGUUGUGGGUUCCAAGCAAAAUAUUUCCAUAUAUUUACCUUUCUCCCUUUGCAAUGCGUGUUUUUUUUCUUCUGAGGCUUUCCCAAACUAUGCCCAAAUAUGCAUAGCUUAGGUGCUGAUUACAUGGUGCCGAGCUGGCCCGGUUAACCGGGCUAACUUGUUUGUUUUGGACCUUACUGUGGUUUUAAAACUCGCGUAAAAUAAAUUUGCGAUAAAUAAUUGGUUUAUUAUAGAUGCAAAAUCAUCCUAAACCCGAUUUAAAACUCAUUUUGCGGCCCAAGGAAGAUUUUCGUGACAUUUUUCUGCCCGGUUAACCGGGCUGGCCCGGUCCAUGUAAUCAGCCCCUAAGAGUGCGUUAAGGCCGGAUUUUUGAUAUCGGCAGAUCGGUUUAUAAAUAUUAUAACCAAGUGUGGAUGAAACAGUUCAAGUUCAAGCCCCAUAUAGCUCAAAUAUUUGGACGUUAUAAUCUUAUAGACAGAUAAAUAUUGUAAUUCUUCAAUAGGAAAUAGUGCUGUCAAGCCUGUCAUUCUGACAUUCAGGGCUUCACUAAUUUGUUGAUCGAUGUUCUUACAGUAAUAAGCGAGAAAUUUCCACUUGGACAGUGUUAAUUUAAUGCAAUGUCUGUUAAUUUACUAGAGAAAAAUAAAAGAAAGCAUUUGAGAGAUUUCACUUAAAUACAUACUUAGUAUCUAACCAUGAUGUUGCAGUAGUGAAUCUAGUGUCAAAUUUAUUAUGUGAUUUGUAUUUUCCAAUGUCAAACAUAUAAGUUACAAAUAUACAGUCACAUAGUGACACAUACAGUAUUUGUAACAUUCAUGCUUUGACUUAUCUUUCAGUAGGCUUUUAAUUUGUCGGAUUAUUUUACCGUAGGUUUGAUAACAGAGAGGUAUACUUCUACAUAUUUCUUGAGCAUCAAGUUUCAACAAAGUCAAUAGCAAGUUGGAAUUUGGAAAUUUCACAGCGCUUAUUUAAUAACAGCCCGAGUAGCAUUGUUUACAUGCAAGGUUUGUUCCGUUUGUAGUUUGCAAUAUUUCAUUAAUCGUUUAGGAUAGACUUCAGCAGUUUUAAAUAACAGCAACAUUGGUUGGUCUAGAGAUAUAUUUUCUUGUAAUGUUUACGACGAUGUCGGUAAUAUCAACAACAAAAUUGCCGAUAUGGAUAUCGAUGCAUCCACUAUUUUGCAGACCGGCGAUCUUCGAAUUCUUUGUAUAGUAUAUACAUGAAGACCAUAUAUAAGUCAAAUGUCAUAUUAUUUCAUUAAUUAAAUGGUUAGCUAUACUCCGCAGUUCCAUAUAUAGCUCUGAAAACAUAUGAUGCCAUUGCCGGUUAUAAAAAUUUGACUAUAAUAUCGAGUGGAUAGUGCUACUCAGCUUUCGUACAUGUGGCCUUGAGCCAUAUUCUUAUUGAAGAAUUGCAGUAACUAAUUUAUCUGUCUAUAAGAUUAUAACGUCCAAAUAUUUGAACUAUAUGGGGCGUGAAGUUGAACUGUUUCAUCCACACUUGGUUAUAAUAUUUUUAAACCGAUCUGCCGAUAUCAAAAACCUGGCCUUAACACGCUCUAAGACUAUGCGUAUUUGGGCAUAGUUUGCGAAAGCCUCAGAAGAAGAAAAAACACGCAUGCCAAAGAAAGGUAGAAAGGUAAAUGUAUGGAAAUACUUUGCUUGGAACUCACGACUUUGUAUUCGGGACCCACGCCUUUUUACCCACGGCCCACGCCUUUUUACCCACGGUCCACGCCUUUUUACCCACAGCCCACGCCUUUUAACCCACGACCCACGCCUUUUUACCCACGACCCACGCCUUUUUACCCACGACCCACGACAUUCUACCCACGACCCACGACAUUCUACCCACGACCCACGACUGUUAGCUAGUCCUGUGUAAAUCUGUGCCCUGCAGUAGCCUUUCACUAAAGAAGGGACCUAGAACCAAAACACAGAAGGGACCUAGAACCAAAACAAAUCCUUGCUUAACACCGGUCUUUACUUCAAAGCUGCCAGUUGUUUUGCUAUUAAUAGUCUGCUUUAGCAAACACAAUGCGAUGUCAAGUAGGCAAAAAAAAGUAGGCAAAAAAAAGGUGACAUAGUGACACCACAAAUACAGAAAGUUCUUGGCAGUGUUUUCUCCAAGUUGGUGUAAAAUGGAUCAAAAACUACUUUGAAGUUCUCUAGUUCUUUGAAUGUUUAUAACUGUGUUCUCUUAAAAACUAGGAUUAUUGUAUAAAUUCCCUUUCAUUUCGGUUUUUGUUUUUAGUAAAUACAACAACUUUUAGCCUGAAUUUGAGGUUAUAUUAUGUGUAUACAGACAUUCACACUUUAUAUUUCUUUACACUAAGUAUAACUUAAUAUAAUUACAAAAUAUAUUAUAAUAUAGCAUUUGUAAAUUCUGAAUGCUGUUUGGCUGAGAGCAGUGUUGAUAUAACUCAAUGUGAAGUAAGCAAUCUUAUAAAGCAAUUUUAGCCUAACAGGUUCUUAAAAUCUAGGACUAGGUUCUUAUGUGUGGUGUCUUACUGCAUAUCAUAUUUUAGCCCAAUGCUACAACAUUAUAUGAACAGAUUGUAUCUUUCUAUACAUUGUAUCAUUGUCUCAGGCUCUCAGCUAACAUGCAUAUAGCGAUUAGCUAGCCUAUGUUGCAGCCUGCAGGCGUUUAUAUGCUUGUGGGAGGUGCAAAGAAUAAGCGAAUAAACACCUCAUACACAGGCUACCAUGUAGCUGGAUAUAAUUUACAUUUCCUAUUUUCCUAUACUAAAGCGUUAUCGCAUUAAAGACUAUUCAUGAAGUAUUUGAUCUAAAGAACUGGUGAAUUUUACCAUUAUCUUCCAGGAGACGGUUGUAUAAAACUCUUAACUGCUUUUUAACCACUAUUUUUUAGGUAAAUAGUAGUUAACUCUUAAAUUCCCAAUUUGAUUGGUUAAUUAAGGUUUGCACCAACAGUUAUUAAAAUUUUAACUACAUUAUACAACUGGUCCCAGGGUUCAAAACAUAAAUAUAUCUGCCCAAUAUUUCCAGAGUUAUUUGUUUACAUGUUAAUAGUAUAACAGCUGUGCACAUGCAUUGUUAUUUCACCACACUACAUAUAGUCGACAAAAUAGAGUUAAUAGACAUUUUAAGCUGAGUGGAAUAUACCCGGUCAAUGUACAAUAAUCAAUUUUGAAAAUGCAACAAGUACAAUUUGAAAAUGCAACAAGUACAAUUUGAAAAUGCAAAAGUUGAUGCUAAGACCCAAGUCUUAUAAAAUAUAUUGAAAAUAAAAGCAGUUGUUUCUAUUAAUGAAAGAGAAACUGCACAUUGGACAAGCAUCUAUACUCUCAAUUUAAAAAAUGCCGAUCCGGUAUUUUACAUUUUAUUGAACAAAAAGUUUUAUCUCAUGAUGUCCUACAAUGAUUUCCGGACUGGACGCUCGCUGGACACAAGGAGCCCAACUAUGUCCUAUUUAAUAUAUCAAUAAAAACACAUACGAACUAUUAAUGUUCUUUUAAUUUAAUCUAAAGGUUUUCUGAAGUCAACAUGGCUUUUGGGGAAAGUACAAGGUAUAUAUUGUCUUGAUCAACUGAUGACGGGAACCACAAAAGAAACAGAAUUGAGACAGUUAGGAAAGAGGCAAUGGCGACUUGUGUCUUGAAGAACUGGGCUGGCCUGAUUCAAGUAAUGGCAUUGUCAUCUGUCCUUAAACAAGUCAUAUAUUCAGUAUAUUCUGAUUAUUCAUGUGGCAUUCGUCCUCUUUUCCAUGGUCCAAUACAACCCAGAGGCAGAGAUAGCAAUUCCCAACCUGCGCAUGUACUUUACAUCGCGUGGUCAAGAUGUGAUAAUUUCAACAACAGAAUGACUAUGUUUCAACCAAACCAUUUCAUUCCAUUGCUACCACAGGGUUACAAUCUAAAGAAUGAAAAUGAUUCUCCAACUCUUGCUUCAUCUGAUAUUGCACCGAACGCAUCAAAGUCAAAGUCACCAUCGGCAAAGAGGAAGAAUUCUAAGCGCAAACGACAAGUGCCAAUAACAGUGUGUUGGUAAACGCCAAACAGCCGGACAAUUAAAUCAGACAUUACUUUAUCUAAUUUGCAAACACAAAUGGCAAAACGUAGACAACCUGACUGGAUUAUGACAAACCACACCCAACCGAUGCAAGAUGGAAAAAUAUUAUCUCCAAGUCAAUUAAGCGUCAAUAUAGACAAGGUAAUUGACCCCAUUUUGGAUAAUACUGGGCAAGAAUAUGCUAGAGUUGGGGAAAACCUGCACGAAGGGAUUGAUGAGCAGAUAAAUAAUAGCAGUCAGCCACCAAAUGGGUGCAACAGCCAGCUACAUUCUCUCAUCAAUUACCAUUUCCAUCUUUAUCUCGUAAGUGGUAUGCAGGUGAAGCUUUGUCCUCCGAGAUUUUCAAGAAAGUACAGUGUCAUCUUAAUGUAGUUCAGAUUUAUAUUAAAGGAAUUGCUUAUUUCACGAAAACAGAAAUUUUGAUUUACCCGACAUCACUGAAAGAUUAUCUAAUAUUUGUAAAUCUUCUAUCAAGGAAGAAAUUAAUAACCACAUAAGCGUGAACGUUAGUGACCUACUACAAACAUCAAAGCAUUAUUUGCUAAAGCAAAAAACGUUAAACAUGUUGCAAAAAUGCAAAGUCCAUAACUGCUCAUCUAUAUGUGUGGCAGAACAAGAGCUAUGUCAUAAAUUACACGAAUUUAAAAAUAUCAAGCGGUGAGGAAUGAUUUCACGAACGAGUAACAGGGAAGGCUAACUAAACGAAUCAUUACCCAAAGAAAGCACAAGCUUUUCAAGCUGCAGUUUGAACACGAGGAAGGAGUUUAAAAGCAGACAUAUUUCCUGAACUAAAAUUCGUUCUGGAAGAAAUUUUCAGCCAUGGUAGCAAUGGGCUACUAGGAGGUCUAGAGAGCCAUCCUUGUCUUACAACUGACAUAUUGUAUAGAUCUCAUGAUAACACUCUUUUUAUGCAUCAAGCACAUGAAGUUUUACUGAAGGUUUCUCCUCCUGGCUUUGGAAUAUCUUUGUCAUCAUGUUAUAAUUAUACCGAAUCGUACAAAGAAAACACUUACUCUGCCAAACGUCAUCAUGCAGGAAAGGACGUAAAUGCACAUAUUGCAUUGAAAUACACACCGAGAACUGGUGUUUUCAAGCAAGUGAUAAAUUUUCAUUGGACCACAAAGAAUGUGAAUUUACUGGUUGAGAGUUGUAUGACCUGUGAAUCUAAUUGUUUUGUAGACUCAAAGGAUGCAAAGACGGUGAUCUGCAGAGAUAUACAACUGGUUCAAAACCCAGGUAAGAGCUGGAAAGCUAUCAUUUAUCCAGAUCACACCUUCAGCCACACCAAUGCGGUCGGUCUAUCCUAUGGCACACCUGUUUUUGGAUAACAACCAAAACGUAUGCAAGGAUGAUGCUGAAACCAUCAAAAUAACAAGAACUGGACGACCUGUACUUGUCAUUAACAUAGCUUUUUUCGAACACAAGACGACAUUCUGAGCUAUAAACGAGUUUCUUUAUCUUUUGACAGAACCAUCAUUAGAUAAGAUCUUCCGAAACGCCGAGACUGGUCAGCUCAAGGUCUAUAUUUGCUUUUUUCGUGGAUAAUGGUCAUGGAGAAGACCCUGAUAGUCUGUUGACGCGAAUGUGCCUUGCAAUAAUUUUGCAUAUGCUGAAGUUUAAAAAAAUCAGCCAAAUUAAACUAAAUUUUUUUGAGAGUCCACACAGAAGAAAAUACCACUCUGUUCCGUCAUGGCGCUUUUGACAGCAAGCAAAUUCAUCCCAGCCCUCAACCUGGCACCAAAGAACACUUAGAAAACAUGGAAGAGAUGGCAGAAGAUGUGAAAAAUUGUUUAUCUAUCGCAAGCUCGUUUUUCUGGAAGAUUUCUAUAAGAUAAUUGGGGGUGUACAUUCAUAUAUUCAUAUUCACAUGCCGUAAAAACAAUCGCUUUCAAAAGAAAUCCAUUGGGCAGAACACAAAUAUAUGAAUAUACACCCCCCGCCGAUUAUCACUAGUAUAACAAUGUCAGAUACUAAUAUCAAAGCGAUUAGGAAAGAAAACGAAGCCUUAAAAGCAAAACUCGAAGCUGUCGUGAGAGAGAUGUUGUCUCUAAAAGAAAAACUUGACAAGCAAUGCCAGCCAUUACAAUCAAGCUCAACCGAGCAAGCAAAAAAGUUUGCAAUAUCUUAGUGAUGAAUAUGAUGAUUUGAAGUUAUUUAAAUCCUCAACAGACAAGGAAAUUAAACGAUUGGAUACGAAGCUCACUGAUAUAAUCCUAAAAUUCAACACAAUAUCCGAACAAAUAGACACGAUUGAACAGUACAGCUACAACUACAACGUGAAAAUUAUUGGCAUACCACAAACGCAAGACCGGAACAAAACCGCAGCAGAUACUGCUGAUAUCUUUAUCAAUCUAUUUCAUAGUAUUGGAGCAACUAACGUCACAUUACAGGAUAUAGACAUUGCUCACACAAUUCCGACUAGAGGUGUUAGCUCCAAACCCAAUAGUAUUAUUUGCAAGUUUACCAGACGCCUAGCGAAAGAGGCUGUUAUCUAA